AUGUACCCAAACCAGCACAACAACUACCAGCGUCCUCCAGGCGGCCCUCCAGGUCAACCGUACUAUGACCAAGGAUAUCAACAACAACAGCCAAUGGGAUUACUGUUUGGCGGAUCCUCCGACCCUUACAACAAUGGUCCUCCUCCUCCCCCUCCACAAUAUAAUAGACAAGACUGUCCUCCUUACCAAAUGGAACGAGAAUUCAGUCCUCCGCCAUACCCACCUACCCACCAAUAUCGUCACCAACCCCCUGCAAGUAGCCAACAGUACCCUCCUCAUAAUCCCCAAUUUCCUCCUGAUCAACAGUACCUUUCAAAUAGUCAACAAUAUAACCACCAUCACCCUCCAAAUCAUCAAUAUUAUUCAAAUAACCAAUACUCUGCCCCUCCUCAAAACUAUUCUCCAAAUCCUCCGCAAUACAACGUCGCCUCUCCAGCCCAAACUCCUAGAGACGUUCCUUCAGGGACCCAGACUUUCGGUAACGGCUCGACUUUCCAAUACUCCCAAUGUUCUGGCAAACGUAAGGCCUUAAUCAUUGGUUGCAACUACCUUGACCAAGGUGCUCGGGUCAGAUUACAAGGGUGUAUCAAUGACGCCAACAAUAUCAGGAAAUUCAUUAUCUCACAAUUCGGGUACCCCGAAGAAAACAUUGUGAUUCUUACCGACGAUCAAUCAUCAGCUGCUAGAAGACCCACCAAAGCCAACAUUCUUCGAGCCAUGCAGUGGUUGGUCAAAGAUGCCAGACCCCACGAUUCUUUGUUCUUUCAUUUCUCGGGGCAUGGUGGGGUGACCGAAGAUUUGGACGGCGAUGAGGAAGAUGGGUUCGAUAACACCAUUUAUCCUAUUGAUUUCACCACCAAUGGGCAAAUCGUCGAUGACGUGAUGCAUGAUAUCAUGGUGAAAAGCCUCCCUGCUGGGUGUCGAUUGACAGCAUUAUUCGACUCAUGCCACUCCGGGACCGCGUUGGAUUUACCAUUUGUUUAUUCUACCAAAGGGGUGAUUAAAGAAUCCAACAUCUUGUCGGCGUCGGGUCUUGAAUCUUCCCAAGUCAUUGGAACGGUGCUUAACGGUGACAUCUCCAGCUUAAUUCUGACAGGAUUAAGUCUUGUCCAAGGGUUAUCGAGAUUGAAAUCGAAACCAGAACGUGACAGAAUUGUCCAAUCAAAGACUUCUCCAGCCGAUGUGGUGUCGAUUUCUGGGUGUAAGGAUAAUCAAACCUCUACUGAUGCAAAGAUCAAUGGACAAGCCACCGGGGCCAUGUCGUAUGCGUUUAUGAAAGUGUUGACACAACAACCGGAACAAAGUUAUCUUUCGUUGUUGAACAACAUGAGAGGAACGUUGCUGGGAAAAUACUCUCAAAAGCCCCAAUUAUCAUCGUCACAUCCAAUCGAUGUUAAUGUGAGGUUUUUCUUUUAG